CGCUCCUAUGGCGCGAUGGAUGACGGCGCAUUGUUCCUUACCCUCUGCGUUUCCUGUGGGAUGCCUCGUAGUUGCCUCGGUGAUGCGGCGGCGGCAGCGGCUCCGCAGUGUGCGUAUAACAGUGCCAAGAGCCUGGCGUCGCGUUUCGAGUGCCUCAUCGAAGCGGUGUUGAAGCUUCGCCGCGCUCGCCUCACAAAGUUUUAUUUUUGCGACGUGUCCCUCCCCUUCAGCCCAUCACCCUCCUCCUCCCACCUGCCGCCGACGGAGGAGUUGGAGUUCCACGGCGUGAUGCGGUUCUACUUCCAGGACUCCGGCCAGAAGGUGGCCACCAAGUGCAUCCGCGUGUCCAGCAACGCCAACUGCCGCUACGUGAUCGAGACGCUGGUCGAGAAGUUCCGGCCGGACAUGAGGAUGCUCUCCAUCCCCGAGUACGCGCUCUACGAAAUCCACGAGAAUGGAGAGGAGCGACGACUCGCCGACGACGAGAAGCCUCUGCUGGUGCAACUCAACUGGAAUAAGGACGACCGCGAGGGGCGCUUCCUGCUGCGGAGGAUGGACCUCAAGUCCGCCAUGGGGGGAGAGCUGAUUUUCCAGGCAGGUCAUACCAUAGUCAACACCCUGCCCCCUCACCCCACCACUCCCGUGCCUUCCAAAGACCAGCCUUUCACACGCAAGCUCUCCAAGCGCGAGAAGAAGGAGCUCAAGAAGGCAGAGAAAAUGCGAAGAGCCAUUGAGACAAAUGAGAAUGAUUCCUCUGUAGCUGAGAAAUUAUAUACAGAAUUACCGGAGACAAGCUUCACACGCAGCAUAAGCAAUCCUGAGGCAGUUAUGAGACGACGACGAGCACAGAAGUUAGAGAAGAAGCUGCAACAGUUUCGAAGUAAAGAUGGUGGGCCAGACACAGGUGGCACUCUGAAGAUUUAUGGUGAAUCUCUACGUCCUGAUGUGCCUUACAAGACACUGCUUCUUUCUGUCCGUGACAAUGCUCUUAGUGUUGUUCGGGAGAUGCUCGACAAAUAUGGGCUGUAUAAGGAAGACCCCAAUAACUACUGUCUCAUACAGAAUGUAGUUGGAGGUGACGAAGGAUAUGGAGGAGCCACAUCCCCACAGAAGGAAUAUAUCCUUGAUGACGAUGAAUGUCCUUUGGCCAUUCUGAUGAAUCAUCCCCCAUCUAGAGGGUCCAUCAUGUUCCACGUGCGGCGACGCCCUGCGGAUUACGGGACCGCGAAAGAGGAAGAAGAAGCCCAUCAAGGGCAUGGGCGGCGGGGGCGGCCCUGGUGGCGACGCCCACGAGCACCAGCGCCCACGCGACCCGCACUUCUUGCCCGACAGGCUGCCCUUCCUCAUCGAGCUCGGACCCGAGAAAAAAAAAAGACGCAGUUUUACCCAAGUAAAGAGGCGAGCACGAAUUGCCACGGACUCGAUUGCAAGCGCGGCGUGCGAGGCGAGGCGAGGCGAGGUCAAAGAGCACGACGGAAGCCGAGAGAAACGCCGAGCCUCGUCGUAGGUGCACGAGGAACGCGGCCCCCCGCACCCCCGGGCUCCCCCCCCCUCCUCCGCCUUGCACAGCCCCUGAUGACGGAGUUGGAUAAGCCAUAUAAGGAAAGGAGAUCAGGCCGAGAUGAGACUGGGAUUAAAUAUGAAGCGGGGCCAGGUCUUUUGGCGGGCCACGGGUGCAGCCCUGAAUGGAAAGAGACCCUGGAACCUAAUAGAAGGGCCCAUUUAGAUGUACACAGAGGGUCUGGAGCAAUGCACGGACAGGAGUUGGGCGGGACGGGCCGCCAGCAUCAGCUGCACCUGAACGUAACUGAAGUAGGCACGGACCGCAGCGCUCACACGGGCGGCCAGUCGCUGCAGCUGUUCGGGCCUAACAUCCAGGCGCGCCAUUGCGUCAUCGCCCACACGGAGGGCAUCGUCACGGUCACUCCUUGUUCCAGGGACGCCGACACCUUCGUCAACGGGCAGCGCAUUUAUGAGACGACCAUUCUGCAGCACGGCUGCAUCGUGAGAUUCGGUCGCAUUCACAAUUUCCGGUUCAUUGACCCUCAGCAGGAUGACAGGAUGCGCCAACAUCAUCUCAUGGACAGGUCCGGGCAGGAGAAGGUUGGCCCAGGGGGACCAGGGGAGAAGGCGGAGGCUGGGGGGGACUCCGUAUCGCAUGCUGGUUCACACACGGGCUCACAAGCCGGGUCGCGCAACUCUAGGUCGUCUGCACAGGAACGACCCAACAGAGCUGACCAGAGCUUUGAGGGCAGGAGCAACUACGAGAGGUACCCGCCAGCGAGGGACCCCAUACUCCCGGCAGUGCUUGAGUUCAGGGAGGAGAGCGAAGAUGCCUUCCUUCACAGCAUCACCACUGACUUGGACCCCAUCGACGUGCAGUUUAAACUUGCUCCAACAUACACGCUUUACAUGGCAGCUAGAUUCAGGGCAUCUACUCAUUAUCGCCCAGAACUCAGUCCCACAGAGCGUGCUCACAGGCUGACUGAAAUGCUCACAAAGGUUGCUGCAAUGGUUCAAAAUGUUAUACACUCUCGACACGGAGACCCGACAUCUUUGGCCUUCUGGAUGGCUAAUGCGUCCGAACUGCUUCACUUCUUGAAGCAAGACCGACACAUUUGUGGCUACUCUCUUGAUGCCCAAGACAUACUUGCAGAAGCUGUGCAAGUUGCAUUCAGGAGUCUGGUAGAUUGUAUGCAAGCAGAAUUAUCAACAUCAUUACCAAUGUUCCUUGAAGACCGAGAUGAUGUGAACGAGGAGGAAGGAUCCACAGCACACGUGUUGUCGAUAUUAUCGAACACAAUGGCCCUGCUGAGGAGGUGUCGCGUAAACGCUGCUCUCACCAUUCAGUUGUUCUCACAGCUCUUCCACUUCAUCAACAUGUGGGUGUUCAACCGCAUAGUGGCUGACCCCCUCCCCAAUUACUGCACCAGAGUAUGGGGCAUACGGCUCAAGCGUCGAUUGGCUCGCAUUGAACUGUGGGCGGAGAAACAAGGCCUCGAGCUGGCUGCUGACUGCCACCUGGCCAGGCUCUCACAGGCUGCAAUGUUGCUACAUGCACAGAAGUCUGCUCCUGAUGACAUAGCCACAAUAUCAUCCACAUGCUUCAAACUCAACUCCCUCCAGCUGCGAGCCUUGCUAGAGAAAUACCAGCCUGCUCCCGAUGAGCCAAGGAUUCCCCAGGACCUCGUUGAUAAUGUUGUUGCUGUGGCAGAGAGCACCGCCGACGGCUUGGCAAGAGAGGACGGGCGCGAGGUGCGCCUGGAGGAGGAGAUCGACCUGCAGCUGCCGUUCCUGCUGCCCGAGGACGGAUACUCGUGCGACAUCGUGCGCGGCGUGCCGUCGGGGCUGGCCGAGUUCCUGAACCCCCUCCAGCACGCGGGGCUCUGCCGCAUGAAUCCCCAGCCGUCCUCCUCGGGCUACUGGACCAUCUACAUGCAUGACCAGGAGAUGAGGCCGCCGCCGGGGCCGCGAAGCCCGAGCGUGAUGAGCAACCGUUCGCUGUCGAUCCCGAGAGGCGAGCCCGAGAUCCACGUGAUUCAGCUCCACAAGUCCAACAACGGCAUGGGCCUCUCCAUCGUUGCUACCAAGGUCAGUACUCGGUUGGUGUUUACGUUGUGGGGGAGGACACUCUUUCCACUCGUGGCGUAUCGUUUUGGGCUGUGAGUUGCAAUUGAGGGG